CGCUAUCACCUCAAUCCCAAACAAACGUUAAACCCACAAAUACUCUCACUAUCUCUUCUAUUUCCCUGAAAACUCCCACCUCAAUCCUUAUAGUUGGUCUGUUUCCUCUACACCAACUAUAAAAACUCAUCCCUCUCUCUCUAUUCUCUAACAACAAGACAAAGCCUUUCCCUUUGAGCUCCUCAUCAGAUCUCUCCAUCUGUAAAGUACAGACACCACCUGAACCACCCCAUCAAAGACAAAAUGCCACCACACACCACCAUCACCACUGCAUGAACAUUCUUCACUCACAAGCAGAACAGAUUAUAAUACGCGUGUAUACUCUUGUUGUCGUUGGUUUUACUAAAUGAGGUGCAAUAAACACCCGUGCGACCUCAGCUGCAGCGUGGGCGUAUGCGCUUCUUGUCUCCGAGAACGCUUGUCUGCAUUAAUCGCCGCCCAGGUUCAAAUACAGCAGCAGCAGCAGAUAGCACAAUUAGCAAAGGCACAUCAUAACCCACGCGCCGCCGCAGUAAUAGACGAAAGCCGUAAAUCAGAUUCUAAUUCUCAACAUCAUCAACAACAACAACAACCUCCUCCUCUGAUAUUUCCCCUCUCUGUUUCUCCUUACGUUUCUCGCCGUAAAUCUGACGACCACUCCUCCUGGUACGCCCACAACCAACACCACAACCUCCGUUUCUACAGCACUCCUCAGGUGGGCCCUACCUACACCACCACAACAACCGCAGCGUAUAAGAAGCGAAACAAAAAGUUCUCGCUUUUCUCCAGUCUAUUCAGGUCCAGAUCCGACAAGUUCAGUACACACUCUACUAGCUAUCGUGAUUCCAUAGAGGCAUCAUCGUCUUCUUCCCCUUCUUGGUUAUCAACAAUCUUCUCCGGUCGUCGGAGAAAGCAACCAACGCAAUUAUCCAUGGGAUACUCCGGCUCGGUUAGUGGAAAGCCUCGACAGAGGUUAGAUCGAGGAAUGUCGCCAGCGAGAGGCUCGGAUUCUGAAGAGGAUUGUGAGAAUUGCGAUCGGUCACCUUCAGGGAGCGGCUUCUCGCCGGAGUCUUCGCCAGGGUGGAAGAAGACACCAGUCUCUCAGGCUUCCAUGCGGCGAGGGAAGGCGGGACACACUAGGAACGUGUCUGGAUUGACGUUUUGCUUGAGUCCUCUUGUGAGGGCGAGUCCUAACCGGAAUUGGAGCCAGAAGGGAGGAUUGCCGCCUGAAUUGGGACUUUCUGGUGAGGCUAGGGCACCGGUAAAGCCGCAUCUGUCUACUGCGGCCUCGUUUUGCGCGAACCGGUCGAGGAAGCUUGCCGAUUUUGGAAGAGUCAAUCACAACCGUUAAGAGUGAUGACUAUUUCGCGCGUUUGAUUUGACCAUAGUGUUGAUGCUGAUAUAUCUGAAUUACGGUUUUGUCCCAUCCAAA